UACUACGAUAAUUUAAAAGCAGAUUUUCAUUUUCUUUACGCAAAAAAAUAAAAAUAUAAAAUAUAUAAAUAAAAAUUAAAUUUUUACAAAUCAUUUUUAAAUUUAUAAAAAGAAAUUUAUUAUUUAAGAAAAAAAAAUUGUGUGAUAAUAUUAUUUUAGUGUGAUUCAAAAAGAAUAAAUUAAGAUGAUUAAAGGUGGGAAAAACAAUGUUUCUUCACAACCAAUAUUUCAACAGCAAAAUGUUAUUAAUUCAAUAAUGAGCUUUUUACCGGAUAAUAGACCAAUUACAUCAUUACAAAUAGUUGAAGAUUAUGAAAAAUGUCCAAAACAUUUUAUUGCUGUUAAUAGAACUUAUGAUCAAGAUUCUGAUGCAGAUUUAUGGCGUGAAAAUAUUUUAUUUGGACGUCAAACAUCACGUUAUUUAUGCUAUUCAAAGACUGAAGGUCUACCCGAAUAUGUUUUAGAGACUUUAAAAAUAAUAUCAGAAAAAGAGACACCACCACAAGAAUUUUCUUUAUUAUCAAGAACUGCUGAUACAGAACAGAAAGCAUGGCGUAAAAGACAAAUUGCAUAUAAAUUAUCUAAAAGAGGUAAUGUUAAUUAUGCCAUAACUGAUAUUAUAUUGUGCUCCAAAUUAAAGACUGCUCCAGAUGGAUUUAAAUUUGCUGGUGAAAUAAACGGUAUAUUGGUAUGUUAUAAAACGGGGACAUUACCAGUCCGACAAUCACCACCAGUUCCUUUGGUUUCACAUACUAAUACAAAUUCAACUGCAAGUGAAGUAGAAAAAGCAUUAAAUAGAAUUAAUUUAAAUAGUAAAAGAUUAAGCCAACCACUGCCACCAGUUCCAACAACGGAACAUGAUUAUGAAGAAAUAUCAGCAUCAUUUCAAUUAUCACCAAAACGACCAGCACCAAAACCACCGUCAUCAUCUACAAAUAAUAUUAAUAAUGCCGUCAGUCAUUAUACACCAAUUGGAACAUUAGGAACUUAUACUGAAAUUGAAGGUGUUCCAUUUACUUUACAUCCAAAUCUUGCCAAAAAUUCUAAUUCUAAUGGUGCUUGUAUUAAUGAGAUAAUGGAUAAAUUAACAAAAGUUAAUAAAAAGAAUGAAGAUCUCGAAUAUGAUUUUCAAUUAGAACGACAAAUUUUAUGUACUAUGAAAUCAUCUUCCUCGACAAAUCCAUUUUUUAAGUGAAAUAAAAUUAAAAUGAAAAUCUAAAUAAGAAGAACAACAACGAAAAUCAACUUACUAACAAAAAAAAAAAACAAAAGAUAUUAAUUAUUAUUAUUAAUUAAUUAAUUAAUUAUUAUGUUAAAAAUAAUAAACUAAAAUAUUUUCUUUCUAUAUUCAGAAUUUUGUUAACAAAUAAGGGAAAAAAAUUGAAAAAAUUAACAAUAUUUUUGAAUUAUAAAAAUAAAAUAAAUGAAAUAGAAAACAAAAUUAUUCUGAAAACAACAAAAAAAAAAAUGUAAACAACUUAGUCUAUAAAAUUACAAAAUAAAUAAAAACAAAAGUUAUUUUAAGAAUUUAAAAAUUAAACUAACAAAAUAAGUCUUUUUAGCUAUUGGCAUGUCAUAUCUCUAUUAUAGAACAAAACAAAAAAACCAACAAAAUGUUAGAAUAUAAAUUAGAUUUUUAUGAAAAACAAAUAAAAAAAAACGAAGCGAAACGUAAAAUACAAUAAUUUUGAACAAAAAUUAAAUAAAAUUUAAUUAGAAUAUUUUGUAAAAUUUUAUAAAUUUUUAUUUUGUAUUAAAAACAAAACCAUAUUGUGUUCAUUAACGUCAAAAUCAAAUAAUAAAUUAAAAUAAUCUGUGGUAAUAAGGAAGAACAACAUAAAGUAGAUUAAGCCAAAAAAAUCAUUUUUGAAUUCUUCAUAUUCAAAUUUAGAAAUCCUAACAAAAUUUUUUCCAAUUCUAAACAUUUUAAGUUAGACGAAUCAAACUAAGAAAAUGGUGCCACUCAAAAAAUUUGAUAAUAAAAUUUUUGACUUAGA